AUGCGUACGUUCCUGCUGACCUGUCUGCCGCUGCUGGCUGCCGCUGCCACCAGGCGGCCCCUGCUGGGCGCCAACCAGCCCUGCUGGGACAAGACGAAGGAGCUGGACGCGCUCGCCGCCAACAACGGCGGCGUGCUGCCGCCGGGAGGCGAGCGUCCGACCUGCGACCGGCUGGGCCGCUUCUCACCCAAGCAGUGCUCCGGCUCGCAGUGCUACUGCGUCGACCCGCAGGGCGAGCAGCUGGAGUACACCCAGAACAGGUGGGAGGCGGACAUCAUGCAGUGCCGCUGCGCCCGGGAGGAGCACGAGAUUGCCGAGGCUGGCCAGCUGGGCAGCUCAGUCAAGUGCGACGUCCAGGGCAACUACCACCACACCCAGUGCCGGGGCUCGUCCUGCUACUGCGUCCAUCCGGCGACCGGCGAGGCUCGGGAGGGCACUGAGGCGCAUGUGGGCGAGUUCUCCGCGCUCGAAGAGAAAUGUAGCAGCCUGUAG